GAUGCCUGGCCUACGAAUCGCGGUACCCACCGCGCUGCCGCCCUGACGAAGAGGGCGCUUUCUGGUGACUCUAAAUCUUGUUUGUUAGUGCCGUUUGGAUGCUGCACAAGCCUGAUUCGGUAUUGACAAGGGGCUUUUGGGGAACAUGGUAUCUCUCUCGCCGGAGGCACGAACGGACUUCGCUGGCGUCGUUCCUUGCACUUGCUCGUUGUGGCGAAUCUGCCGUUGCGUCACGGGGGCUAGGCGCGCCCUAACGUGAAGCUUGCGGAAUCUGCUGUGGGAAGAAGAACGCCAGGGUUUCUCGGGCAUCUGCGGUCAUGGUGGCGACUACCCCCAGUGCGGGGGCCUCCGCGCCUGAGGCAGCGGGUUCCGCCGAAGCCCCGCUGCAGUACAGCCUUCUUCUGCAGUACCUGGUGGGCGACAAGCGUCAGCCCCGGCUGCUGGAGCCCAGUAGUCUGGGCGGGAUCCCGAGCCCGAUCAAGAGUGAGGAACAGAAGAUGAUCGAGAAGGCGAUGGAAAGCUGCGCCUUCAAGGCGGCGCUGGCCUGCGUGGGAGGAUUUGUCUUGGGAGGUGCCUUUGGAGUGUUCACUGCUGGCAUUGAUACCAAUGUGGGCUUUGACCCUAAGGAUCCUUACCGUACGCCGACAGCAAAAGAAGUUCUGAAAGACAUGGGACAGAGAGGAAUGUCUUACGCCAAAAAUUUUGCCAUUGUGGGCGCCAUGUUUUCUUGCACCGAGUGUUUGGUAGAAUCUUACCGGGGAAAAUCAGAUUGGAAGAACAGUGUCAUUAGUGGCUGCAUCACUGGAGGAGCCAUUGGUUUCAGAGCUGGCUUAAAGGCCGGGGUCAUUGGUUGUGGAGGUUUUGCUGCUUUCUCUGCUGCAAUUGAUUAUUACCUACGGUGAGAGUUACUGCCUCCAGGGAAGGACAUUGCCACCCCAGGAUCAGAGCUGCCUUGUGGAGGGCAGUUGCUUCAGAGACCACACACCUUUGCUCUCCCUCAUGUGGUUGGUGUCACGAGGGAGCCACCUGACUGCCACCUUGAGGAGCCAUGUUCUUGGCUCCUGGAUUCCAGCCACACUUUGGGCGUGUGGAAUGUGCCAUACCAGCCCUUCUCAGGCAGAUCAGGAAUGUAUUGACUUGUAGGAACUAAGCUCCCCAAAGGUUCAGCUCUGACCACAGCUGGCCUUCUGGCGAUUCGGUGCGGUGGGACCAGAGGUGACUGGACACAAAUCCAGGAAGCUCGUCUACUUUGGAUGUCCCUGUAGUCGGUCAUCUCAUGUGGCAGGGCAGAGUACAUUUAUACCUUAUGACCCAUUGUUAUUUUGUUUAGUGUUCUAUCUUUGUUAAAAAAUAUUAUAUUACAAUUUAAAAGGUUGGUUAAGUUUUUGGCAGGAGGGAACAGGGACAGAGUCUUCGGAGCUGCCUUUGGAGCCAGAGUUGUCAUGUCCCCUCCUCCCCUUUAUUUCCCAUUACGAACAAUAAAGGCCGUUCAUACUAUAAAAUCAA